AUGCUGCUCAACAAUGCGAGUUUUGGUGCCUCAGCUAGAACCGCUUGCCAGGAGGCGUUGUCACACUUGGAGUGUUCUGGCUCGGAGUUUGAUCCGCGCUGGACAGAACUGCGCUUGGUGAGCAGAGCGCAUCGGGAGGCAGGCUUGCGCUGGCGCGAGGAAGGCAGCGGCUCGGCGCAGAAGGCCUUUGACUUGAGCACUUUCCUGGUAGGCUCCUGGUGGAAGGAGCUCUCUACGGCGCCGAUCACCUUCGACCUUGUGAUGAAGCGCCUGCAGCCUCCUUCCAGCCUGAGGGGCCUGUGCUUCUAUGGUUUGGUGACCGCCAUCUUCAUUCGGUCGCAGUUUCUCUCCGAGCGCUUGGGGAAUCACGCAGAGGCUUUGACCGGACUGCAGGAUGGCCUUUCGAUCUUGGGAGGACGCCUUCACCUGGACUUCAUUCGCGAGGCGAGCUCGUGGCCGUUCGGGGCCUUGGACUUGCGAGUCAACCGGGAUGCGCUGCAGAGUUGGCUUGACCUGGACAUGGGCACGCAGAGUACUCGGCCUGCGUCUUUCCGCACGUCGCCCUUCACCGGCCUCCAGGAGCUGAAGCCCAGGGCAGUGACCCGCACGAAGGCGUCUUGGCGCCGCCUGGAUUCCAGCCGAGGCUGGAGGCAGAAGCGGGACCUCCUGGGGCUUGCUGUCUUCGGCGUGCACUCCACUUUGGUUCUGGAGCCAGCGACCAUGCUGAAAGCGGCGCUGCGCCCUUGGGACACCCGAGUGCAGAUCUUCAUGCGAGACUGCCCGCGGGGGAAUGCCGCCUGGUCCCACCAUUGUGCCUUGCAGUGCCAAGCGCUGGGCAGCUGCGAGCCCGGAUCGGAAGGUAGUAGUCAGCUGUGGGUGGACCUGGUGCACAUGUUCGAGGAGGCUAUCCACGAACGGCGGAGAUACUACCAGGUGGCUGACUACCUCACUGUCUUAGAGGAGAUGCAUCGGCUAGACUCGGAUCUCCGUGCGGCAGAGAUGUAUGUCUGCACAGCACCAUUGGUGUGUAGCUUGCUACGUGCAGUUGUGGAGAAACCUCUGCUGGCAUACCUGGGGAUGCAGCUGCACGUUAACGUGGACAGGCAGGCAGACCAGCUGUGGCUGAUGCACUUUCAAGCCAUGGUCAGAGACAAAGAGAGCAAUGUUUGGGCCGCCCACAACUUCGCGCUAAGAGAGCAGAUCCGGUAUGCCACUGGAAUGCAGCUCGAAGUGGUGCGGCCAAGGGCUCUGUAUGUGCAGAGAUCUUCCAAGCUGUAUGGCACCUCGCCGGGCAAAGCAUUCCGGCGCCAGGUGCUGUUUUUCCGCAGCAGCUACUUCCGUCUUUCGCUGUUUCUUCCCGUCCUGGAGGCGCACGUUGAUGCAUGCGGGUCGCAGCUGCCUCUGGCACUGCGCGUUGUGCGCAGCGGCGACGAUUUUGUUCCGUUCAGACAAAUGGGCCGCUUCCGGGCGGCGGUGCUGUUCCCGUGGGACCCUGCCUUGAUGGCUUUUUACGAGCUCUACAGCUUAGGGCCGGCGCUGCUCCUGCCGAGGAGUGCAUGGAUCUACAAAAUCCAGCAUUUCAGCGGAUGGACCACAUUCCAGGAGCUCGGGGCCCUGGAGUUUCCGCACCUUCCGGAAGGACUCCGGGCCGCCGAUCCGCGGCCCUUCUGGCGCCCAGAGACCUCCGUCCCAGAGACCGUGCUUCAUUGGUAUGCCUACUCCGACUGCAGCCGCCUUCCGCAUCUCUUGCGCUUCGAGUCCUUCCCGGAACUGUUCCGGCUUCUCCUUGACUCUCAGCGCCUUCGCAGCGCGCGGCGUGGGAUGCGGCAACACAACCGGCGGGCCCUCCAGUCCGGUCUCCGCUGGUACCGGGAUGCCGCGCUGUGGCUUCUAGCUCACGCGGCUCGAGGGUUGGCCCGAGAUGACUUCGAUGGGCCCUCAGACGUCAUCUGUGCGUUCAGGGCAAGGGAGGUGGAAAGUAUCAAAGCUGAAAAGCACCGAAUCAAGGACCGAGAGGAAGGAAAGCAUAGUGGCAGCCAGUCGGAGGUGGCGAAGAUGAACCACGCGCGGCGCGAGGCUAUGAUCAGAAGGCCUCAGCCGCUGGAGCCCUUCAAGGGCUUGACGCUGGAGCGAGGGACGGCCGAAGCGAUCGAGACUGGCGCUUGA